AUGGCUCACGAUAACAGCAAACGAAUGACUCCAGCAAGUCUAUCGUCGUUGUACGGCAGAAUCAUUCACAAUGAGAAUCAACGCCUUAAAAUUUGUUUCUGUUCUGAUAUGGAUAAAUCGGUUUUAUUAAACAACUUUGAAAAGCGAGGAUGGUCACAAGUCACUGCUGAUGAUGAUUGGAAUUUUUAUUGGGCUGGCACUCAAACAUGCAGAAAUAUUUUCAGUGUUGAUUCAGGAUAUCGAAUGCAUGAUAAUCAACUCAUCAAUCAUUUCCCCAAUCAUUAUGAGUUAUCUCGUAAAGAUUUACUCGUAAAAAACAUUAAAAGAUAUCGAAAGGAUUUGGAACGUGAUGGAAGUCCAUUGGCUGAGAAAGUUAAUGAUGGUGGAAUGCAUGGAGUUAAAUAUUUGUAUCUUGACUUUAUUCCAGUAACAUUUGUACUUCCUGCAGAUUACAACAUGUUUGUGGAAGAAUAUCGAAAGAACACUCAAAGCACUUGGAUUAUGAAACCAACUGGAAAAUCACAAGGAGCUGGAAUUUUCUUAAUUAAUAAACUCAGUAAGCUUAAACGUUGGUCACGUGAAGCGAAAACUCCAUUCCAUCCAGCGAUUGGUAAGGAAAGUUACGUUAUCUCUCGAUAUAUCGAUAAUCCACUUCUGAUCGGCGGCAAAAAGUUCGACCUCCGUUUGUAUGUGCUGGUGACAUCAUUUCGUCCACUAAAAGCUUAUCUUUUUAAGCUGGGAUUUUGUCGUUUUUGUACGGUUAAAUACGACACGAGUGUCACCGAGUUAGACAACAUGUACGUUCAUCUUACGAAUGUGUCAGUUCAAAAAACCGGCGGUGAAUACAACAACUUGCACGGUGGCAAAUGGAGCGUACAGAAUUUGAAGUUGUUUUUGGAGGGCACGAAAGGGAAAAAAGUGACAGAAAAGCUCUUUGGUGGCAUCAAUUGGUUGAUUGUACAUUCAUUGAAAGCUGUUCAACCUGUUAUGGCAAGCGAUCGUCACUGUUUCGAGUGUUAUGGUUAUGACAUAAUUAUUGAUAACAAUUUAAAAGCUUGGCUGGUGGAGGUAAAUGCUUCGCCGUCGCUUACAUCAACUACGGUUAAUGACAGAAUCUUAAAGUACAAAUUGAUCGACAAUAUUUUGAAUGUAGUGCUGCCGCCCGAAGGCAUUCCAGAUGUUCGAUGGAAUAAAAUUCCAAAUGCUGAGAAUUUAGGAAACUUUGAGUUGUUGAUUGAUGAAGAGUUGGCAUCACAGACACAAGAUGAUAAUCUACUCAACAAUUUGACUGGCAAACAAAGAGUCAAUAAUCGGUGGAAGUAG